AUGAACCCUUAUCACCAUUACAUUUUAACAGGAAUUAUGGAAGAUUAAGAUGAUUUAUCUUCUGUUAAAUAAGAAGAAUGUUCAUAAUUUUAAUAUUAUGAAGAACAACCAUAAUUUAUUACUUAUGAAAAUUCUAAUCUUUGUUAAAUUGUUUCAUCUAUACUCAAUUUAAAUGAAGAGUAUGUUGAUUGGAUUGCACGCAAUAAACCUAUUGAAUUUGAAUCAAUGAUGUUAAAAGCUAAACGCAAAUUUUAUAGAGACAAAGCUAAAUAUCGUAUGCAAAUCUUAUAGCCUCAUCUUUAUUCAUCUCAACAACCUUAAGAGCCAAAAAAAGCAAAAAGAGGUAGAAAACCUAUCAAAUGUGCUGAAAAACAAUUUGUUGAAGACAAUAGUGAUCAGUAAUACUUAUAUUUAUUGUAGUGAUAAAAAAACGAUACAAAUGAUUAGAAAUCGAAUUUCUGCUUAGAAUUCUAGAGAUAGAAAAAAAGCUUAUCUUAAAGAACUUGAAUAAAGUAGUGCUUUAACCAGUAGAGAAAAUCAUAUAAUACUCAAAUAAAUAGAAGAACUCUUAGUCUCAAAUGAAGAAAUUGAAAUAUAAAAUAACAAUAUUCUCAAAGUAAUAUAACUAAUCUAUUUUAGUGUAUAAAAGUCUUUAAAUAAUAAUGUUUAGAAUCUGAUGAAUAAUUUGCAUAAGAAAUACUUAAAUAAUUAGAAUAAUUUGAUAGUGAUACUGACUCUAGUGCAUCCAAAAAAGUUAAAUUAAAUUGA